CAGGAAACUAAGAGACAAAGAUAAAAUAUUGAAUUUUGGAAUGGACUGACAUAGGAUUAAAUAAGAUUGUAAAAUUUAGGGUACAAGAUUGAAAGGCAGGAAGACGUCUAAAGGUGUCUGAAAUAGGCCUCGGUCAUUUAGUUACUAACACCUUUACUAUGCCAGCUGUUCCAAGGCCUGGUAGUCUUAAGGAUCCAGAGAUUGCUGAAUUAUUUGAGAAAAAUGAUCCGGAGAAAAUAUUUGAAGACCUGCGUGAAAUCGGGCAUGGCAGUUUUGGGGCUGUUUAUUAUGCACGAUGUUUGGUUACCAAAGAAAUUGUUGCUAUCAAGAAAAUGUCAUAUUUGGGAAAACAAACGGUUGAAAAAUGGCAAGAUAUCCUAAAAGAAAUACGGUUUCUUAGGCAGCUUGACCAUCCCAAUACAAUAAAAUACAAGGGUUGUUAUCUCAGGGACCAUACUGCCUGGUUGGUAAUGGAAUAUUGCCUUGGAUCUGCAUCGGACAUUAUUGAAGUUCAUAAAAGACCUUUAAAAGAAGAUGAAAUAGCUGCAAUUUGUGAUGGUGUACUCAAUGGUUUGGAUUACCUUCACGCCUAUGGAAGAAUCCAUAGAGAUGUAAAGGCCGGUAAUAUCUUACUUACCGAAAAUGGAACAGUAAAAUUAGCAGAUUUUGGAUCUGCAAGUAUAAAAUGGCCAGCAAAUAGCUUCGUAGGUACUCCUUAUUGGAUGGCACCAGAAGUGAUAUUAGCUAUGGAUGAAGGACAAUACGAUGGAAAAGUGGACGUAUGGUCUUUGGGUAUAACAUGCAUUGAAUUAGCUGAGCGAAAACCACCUUACUUUAACAUGAAUGCCAUGAGUGCUCUGUAUCACAUUGCCCAGAAUGAUGCACCAACUUUAAAUUCUCCUGAUUGGUCGGACAUUUUCCGUCGUUUCGUCGAAGUAUGUCUUAUCAAAAGUCCAAGUGACAGGCCAUCCUCUGCUAAACUGUUAUCUCAUCAAUUUAUCACCAGAACGCGUUCCCCUCAAGUUCUAAUAGAUUUAAUUCAGAGAACAAAAGGUGCUGUUCGGGAGUUAGAUAAUUUGAAUUAUCGGAAAAUGAAGAAGAUUUUAAUGAUCGAUGCCUGUGAGACUGAGAGUACAGUUGGCGAUGCUGAUGGCACUCCUGAUGAACAAACAGGUGGUGAUAGUAGCAAGAGUAAUUCAAUUACCUCAGAGCAUUCGAUUCACUCUAUGGGUGUUUCUGCAAGCUCUCAAAGUUCCUCCACCAAUAGCCUGCCACUGCCAAAUGCUGAUGCAAAUGAUUACUCCACGGGAUCUGUGAGAAAUCGGCAUAAAAUAUCAACAGGCGGUGUUACUGCCAAUCUUCUUGAACAUGGUGCCAAUAAUUUUGCAACAAUUAGAACAACAUCAAUCGUGACUAAACAACAAAAAGAACAUAUGCAGGAAGAAAUGCACGAACAGAUGAGUGGAUAUAAGAGAAUGAGGCGGGAACAUCAAGGUGCUUUGGUAAAAUUGGAAGAACGUUGUAAGAUGGAGAUGGAAUCCCAUAAACAAUUACUAGAUAAGGAAUACGAAACUCUUUUGCAACAAUUUAGUAAAGAAUUGGAGAAGCUACAACUGAGGCAUUUGCAAGAAUUAGAACGUAAACUUAAGCAAAACCAAAAUGCAGAGAAGAAACUUCACAAAGAGAUUACAAGUAGGCAAGAGGCUGACCGGAAAGCACUAGAAGCACAGCAAAAACGAGAGUACAAAGCUUUCAAGGAGAGAUGGAAAAAAGAAUUAUCUCAAGAUGAAGUUACACCAAAACGGCAACGGGAUGCUACGCUACAAAGUCAUAAAGAUAAUUUACGACAAGUUGAAGCGCAAGAAGAACAACGACUUGCGAGAGGGCAAAGAGAAUACCUUGAUUUUGAAAUUCGUAAAUUCCGUAGAAAAAAGUUGCUCAUCUUCCAUAGUUUAGAGCAAGAACUGCUUCGGGACGAAUUAAAUAAGAGACAACAACAGUUAGAACAAGCACACAAUAUGUUGUUACGACAUCAUGAAAAAACACAAGAGCUUGAAUAUAGACAGCAAAGGGCAGUUCAUGCGCUUCGGGAAGAUCAAGUUCAUCGGCAACAUACGACCGAACUUUCUAAUCAACAAGAUUAUAUGCAAAGAGCGGAACGUGAUUUGCGUAAGAAACACGCACUAGAGCUCAAGCAGCAACCCAAGAGUCUCAAACAAAAGGAGAUGCAGAUUCGCAAACAGUUUAGGGAGACGUGUAAAAUACAAACACGGCAAUAUAAGGCAUUAAAGGCUCAAAUAUUACAAACAACGGCUAAAGAAGAACAGAAAGCAGUUAUUAAAAAGUUGAAAGAAGAACAGAGAAGAAAGUUGGCUCUGUUAGGCGACCAGUACGAACAAAGUAUUGCUGAAAUGCUUCAGAAACAAAGUAUACGGUUAGAUGAAUCGCAAGAAGUCGAAUGCCAUAAUCUCAAGGUAUUAUCCUUCUGUAUGUUUAUAGGUUCAGUCAGGCGAGCUUUGCUUGAACAAAAAAUGGAACUCGAAACUGAGGAAUUUCUUAGUGAACGUAGCGAACGGAUACGUCUGCUACACGAAAGGCAAGAACGUGAAUUACAACAAUUUGACGAGGAAAGUGCAAGAAUAGGAUUCAGUGCUCUGGCGAUAGCUGAGGCAUCAAAAGAAUCUUAUCCAGACGAUGAAAGCCUUAGUGGCUCAAUGUUAAGUCUGGCUCACAGUAAUAGUUCUACAUCCUUCCCCCCCAAUAGUCUUUAAUUUUAAUCAUAUUAAUAGAAUAUGUAUGUAUGUACGUUUGCCUGUAGUGUGUGCAUAACGAGUCUACCGACGUUCAAUUGAAUGACUUAUACAUAGCAGACGUUGGCUCGUUACGUGCAUCAACUCAAACCUAAGAGGUUUGUUAGGGUUGGGAAUGUGUAUUGGACUGAAAUUAAUGUAACAGCAUAUUUUUUAAUUAUCAAAAUAUGUCAAC